AUUCAGUGAAGGGCUGAAGGCGACUGCGAGACGCACACACAAACAAACAGAUAGAAAGAGAAAAGAGGAAUACGAAGAGAGAAGAAAAUAUGGGAGGAUGGAGGAAGUUCGAUCCAUGGCCGAUUUUCUUCAAGAGAGAAUGGAAUCGUAACUGGCCUUUUCUAGCUGGUUUCGCCGUCACCGGCACCAUCAUCACCAAAUUGUCUCUUGGUCUCACUGAGGAGCAGGCCAAGGACUCGCCGUUUGUUCAGAGGCACAAAAGGCACUAGAUGUGGUUGAUGUAUUUUUUUCCGGAAGCCUUUUUAUGGCUGAUGAAUAACAACAGCAACGCUUCAGAUUUUCUUCUAAAUUUCUAUUGAAAAUUGUGUUGUUGGCUGUUUUUUAUUUGAUAAUGAAACCAUUUGAAUUGUUUCAUGAAUUUUAGAAGUCCUCAAUUAUGAAAUACAGGUUUUGCAGUCAA